UGGGAACAGUAGUAAGACAGGUGCCUUCAGUUCACUUUCAGUAAGGGACUGGUUGGCUGCGUGCGAGUAUAUUUGCUCUCCCUCUCCGGCUGUGGAUUGUAGUUUCAAAGCUUUGCUGCCGUCAUUCAGGAGCUGGAUGGCGUGGGACAUGUGCAAUCAGGACUCUGUAUGGAGUGACAUCGAGUGUGCUGCUCUGGUAGGCGAAGACCAGCCUCUUUGCCCAGAUCUUCCAGAACUUGACCUUUCUGAAUUAGAUGUGAAUGAUUUGGAUGCAGACAGCUUUCUGGGUGGACUCAAGUGGUACAGUGACCAAUCGGAGAUCAUAUCUAACCAGUAUGCCAAUGAAUCAUCAAACAUAUUUGAGAAGAUAGAUGAAGAGAAUGAAGCAAACUUGCUAGCAGUUCUCACAGAGACAUUGGAUAGUAUCCCUGUGGACGAAGAUGGAUUGCCUUCAUUUGAUGCACUGACAGAUGGAGAUGUGACCAAUGAAAAUGAUACUAGCCCUUCACCAAUGCCUGACGGCACCCCUCCACCUCAGGAGGCAGAAGAGCCGUCUCUACUUAAGAAACUCUUGUUGGCUCCAGCUAACACCCAGAUAAAUUACAAUGAAUGCAGUGGCCUCAGCACACACAACCAUGCAAACGCCAAUCACAGGAUCAGAACAAGCCCUGUGGCGGUUAAGACUGAGAAUUCAUGGAGCAAUAAAGCUAAGAGCAUUUGUCAGCCACAAAAGCCACAAAGGCGUCCCUGCUCAGAGCUUCUCAAGUAUCUGACUACAAAUGACGACCCUCCUCAAACCAAACCAACAGAGAACAGGAACAGCAACAGAGAUAAAUGCACCUCUAAAAAGAAGGCGCUUUUGCACUCCCAGACGCAUCAUUUGCAAGCCAAACCAAUGAGUUUAUCGCUUCCUUUGACGCCUGAGUCUCCAAAUGAUCCCAAGGGUUCCCCAUUUGAGAACAAGACUAUUGAACAAACUUUAAGUGUGGAACUCUCUGGAACUGCAGGCCUGACUCCACCUACCACCCCUCCUCACAAAGCGAACCAAGACAACCCUUUUAGAACUUCACCGAAGCCAAAGUCAUCAUGCAAGACUGUUAUGCCACCUUCUAAAAAAUCCCGCUGCAGUGAGUCUUCCAGCUCCCAAGGACAUAGCUUAGGUCAGAAGGGUCCAGAGCAGUCAGAGCUGUAUGCACAGCUUAGCAAGACAACUGUGCUGUCUGUCGGGCACGAGGAGAGGAAGACAAAGCGGCCUGGUGUGCGGCUAUUUGGUGACCAUGACUACUGUCAAUCUGUUAAUUCAAAAACAGAGAUACGCAUCAAUCUAUCCAAGGAACUUCAGGAUUCCAGACAAGGAGAAUUAAAAGGCUGCUUGCCUGGGUGGUGGUGUCAUAUUUGUUCUUCUUUUGAACAACACAACCAGUAUAACAAAAGAGAGACUUCACAGGCGAGCAAGCAGGAUUUGCAGUGCAACAACCGGAAACAGCUCCAAGACCAGGAAAUCCGGGCUGAACUCAAUAAGCACUUUGGUCACCCUAGCCAAGCUGUUUUUGAGGAAGAGACCACUAAGACCAGUGACCUGAGGGACAACAGUGAUUAUAGCGAUGAACAAUUCUCCAAGCUACCUAUGUUUAUCAAUUCAGGACUAGCAAUGGAUGGUAUUUUUGAUGACAGUGAAGAUGAACGUGACAAACUGUACUGCUCAUGGGAUGGGACACAAGCCUUCUCUUUGUUUGACCUGUCACCAUCUUGCUCAUCCCUUAACUCACCAUGCCGAGAUUCAGAGUCUCCACCCAAAUCCUUACUUUCUCAAAGAUUCCAAAGGAUACGCUCUCGAUCAAGUUCCUUCCCUCAGCGCAGGUCUUGUUCCCGUUCUCCAUAUUCCCAAUCAAGAUCAAGAUCGCCAUGCAAUCGAUCCUCCUCAAGAUCUUACUGUUAUGAGUCCAGUCAUUGUAGACCCCGAGCAUAUAGAAGUUCUCCUUUGCAUUCAAGAUCCCGAUCCCGAUCUCCAUAUAGCCAUAGACCCAGAUAUGACAGCUAUGAGGAAUAUCAGCAUGAAAGGCUGAAGAGAGAAGAAUACCGCAAAGAAUAUGAAAAACGGGAAUCUGAAAGGGCCAAACAAAGAGAGAGACAGAGGCAGAAAGCAAUUGAAGAACGGCGCAUAAUUUAUGUUGGUAAAAUUGGGCCUGACACAACCCGUACAGAACUGAGGGACCGUUUUGAAGUUUUUGGUGAAAUUGAGGAGUGCACAGUAAAUCUACAGGAUGAUGGAGAUAGCUAUGGUUUCAUCACUUACCGCUACACUUGUGAUGCUUUUGCUGCUUUAGAAAAUGGACAAACUCUGCGCAGAUCCAGCGAGCCUGACUUUGAGCUGUAUUUUUGUGGACAAAAGCAAUUUUGCAAGUCGAACUAUGCAGACCUAGAUUCAAAUUCAGACGAUUUUGAUCCUGCUUCUACUAAGAGCAAGUAUGACUCCAUGGAUUUUGACAGUUUACUUAAAGAGGCACAGCGAAGCUUGAGGAGGUAAUGUGCAUCAUGGCCGAGGAUAAUGGAGGGAUGGUGAAUACCUCACGGACGUCACGUCCUUCAAUAAUGGACAGUGAAGAAGUCAUGCUUACAGUGUUCCCCUGCUCUAUGCUCUCCAUACAAAAACAUGGUUUACAUGGACACGGCUGCUUGAGGAAUGAAGAGGCAAAGAGGGGUUGGUGUGAGCAUUUGUGCACCCCAGGGUCUCAGCUUGGCUUUCCCAGGGUAACAAAGUUGUGGGUUUUGAUCUUUCUAGCGAGUGCCAAGUGGGAACCACCUGAAGUGGCAGCAGUUCCAUAGAGAUACAUUUUAAAAAAUGAAAACUAAAAAAUGUGUACAUAUGACAUUUCCAGAACAAAGCAAAUUCAAACUUGAGCUGCUGACAUCUGAGACACACUGCAUUUUAGUUCUUUUUUUGGGUUUGUUCAUUGUUUUUUUUAGACAAGCUUCUUCUUAUCCUGUGUUGUUCCAAUAUGGCAACAAUCCUGAAGAGAUCAACAGAUCCUGCAAAAUCCACUGUCUCUUACUGUGCUUUUCUCAUGAAGGUGAAAAACAAAUAUGUGGAAGGAUUCCAAACUUCCAUAGCAUUUUAAAGUUUUGUCUUUUUAAUUGUGACAUCCAUGUCAGUGUCCAAAUGUUUAUCUAACAUAGUGAAAUUUUGAGACCCUCAUUAACAGUCAGCGUGUUUGGUGUUUUUUUUUUUUUUCCUUUGAGCUGACAUGGUGUUACACUAGAAACAAGUUGAGGGUAACUGUUUGGGGUGGGGGUGGGGGUUGAAUGUACAGUUAGAUUAUUUACUACAUUCUCAAAUGUAGUCAAGUAUUUACAUAUGUUAAAUGGAGUAUUUUUAUUUUGUGUACAUACUGUCUGACAAGACAAUGCUCUUUUUUGUUACAGCUAUGCACUGUAAAUGCAGCGUUCUUUUAAAAAACUGCUGAAUUUUUUCUUAAUCAAGAAUAUUCAAAUGUAAUUAUAUGAGGCAGAACAAUAUUGUACACUAACAUAUUUAGAAAGCUGAACUUAUGCUUAUAUAUAUUUGAUUGUAAAAAAAAAGAAGUGUGUGUUUGUGUGCGUGUGAGCGUGCGUGAGUACUGAGUGCAAAAAUAUUGAUGCUUUACGCACAUCAUCCAUCCCUUCUUUAAUCAGCCUAAUAGCAUCGACCAGAAUUCAGCCAAAGUUAAGAAUGUUCAGGUCUCAUUCAUUAGCUAGACUGGCUUAGUUGCUCCCAUCCUUUACAAGUUGCUGAAAUCUUUACAUCCAUGCUUUUUCAACCAGUGGUAUCUCACAGUAUGGCAGGUGGUAGGAAUGUCACCGCUUGAAAAGAACUGGUCUAACUGUACCAGGAUAUUGAUGCUUGCCCCACUAAGGGGAGCAUAGAAAUCUGGAUUGGGAAUACAUAUACCUUUCCCUUAUAUUCAUAUUAUAUAUGAUACUAAAGUCCUGUGACCUCCUGACGGAUGUCCUAACUUGGACAUAAAGUCUGAAGUGUCUAGUGUUGCUUGCUGAAAGCCUCAUGGGAUGCUGGAAGUUUCUGUGAAGAGUUUAUAAUCAACAUUUGCUUUAAGUUGAAGAUACAAUUUGCUAAGAGAGAUUGUCCUAUGGCUUCCAGGAUCACGAGUCCUGCUAGAAAUGGUGAAAUUACUGGAUGAAUCCAUUGGGGUAUUUCCUGGAAAACUACUUCUACUUCUUUAUAGGGCUCCUUGUGAGAAAAGAUGCUUCCUGUAAUGUUCAGGUAACUGGCGUGAUGUCAGCCCUCACCAGGUAACUGGAGGAUGCAGAUGUCACAGGGACUGGCAUGGGAGCGGCCAGAGGUGGCGGCAGCCCUAUCCUAUCAUUCUGGGUAAUGCACACCGAAAGGGGCUUAUAAGGGCCAAACUUGACAUGCAGGAGCAGACACAAGGCUGGUAACUUUGCUUGCCACGUAAAUGCUGCAAAACGGUGUGGGACUUCACAAAACAUUGUGCAGAGAAGCAAUGGGCAAGGGAGACCACUAAACAGAGGUUCCCAGCCCUGGGUCUGCAUCCUUCUAGGUCCAACCAACUUCAUUUGGAGAGUUAAGCACAUAUUUAAAUCUCUCCAUUGAAUGCAGUGGAGCUCAAGACUGCAAUUCUGUGCGCACUUACUUGUAAGUAAGCCCCAUUUAACCCGGCAAGACUAAUGUCAGAGGACAUGUGCAUAGAAAUUGUGCUGUAAAAGUGCUUAACUUUGGCUGGUUCAUGCCCUUUGUCCAGAAGUAUCUUAGCCAACUAGGUAUUAAUCUCCUUUGUAAUAUUUUUUCCACGUUUUACUUUUUUUCAUCUCUUUCUUUAGUCGUUUUAUAUACACAAAAUUUAUUAAGGGCGGGGUGGGGGAGAGAUAUUUCUCAUUUAAACUUUUUUCUAGGCAAUAUCAUAAUUUUAUGUAAAGCUUCUUAAAUGGGUAAUCAUUAAGAAGUGUUUUUAUUUUAUGUAUUGAUAGUUUUGGAACUAGAAGUCAGAAACCUUUUUAAAAAUGAUACUUUGUUUUAAAUGUUGUGACUUUAAUUUGAUAAAGAAAAAUUGCUGUGGUACAGAGCACAGUUAUGGUUUUACAAUAAUUCUGUGUGUCUGAACACUGUUCUUGAAGCCAGUAGUCUUUUCAUUGGCAGAGUUCAAUGAUUAUCUAUGAUUUUAAAUGUACGCAUCCUGUAUAAAUACUAAUUCUUCAUUCCUUUGUUUACUUAAAGAUGCAUAUUUAUCGGUUGUGAUUAACCUAUUUAUUAUAAAUUAUGAGGUGACUAAAAUAAUAAAAAGGCCAGUGGAAAUUUUAUACCUAGGAUGCACACCGGUUGUCAGGUUGCUAAAUGUAUUUUCAUUCGGGGAAAAUAGUUUUUUGUUUUUGUUUUUUUCCAGAAGCAGUGACUCCUUCCACCCUCUUUUUCUUAUUAUUUAACUAUGCACUAUUAUGGCCUUAGAGGUGCCCAUGACAUUGUGGGAGCCUUCAGAUCGUAUCAGAAAUUGUAGAAUCCAUUUGCGAGUUUAUGGGCUGGCACAGUGCACACCGCUAAAAUGGACUAACUUGUGCAGCCAUCACAUGACUGAUGUCUUGUCCAUUAAAGUCAUUCCUGUCAAUUACCCUGUUGAAUUUCAAUUCAAGCACCCAUUGCAAGGUUGUUCUUCCUUUUGAUUUUCUCCUUUAGGGCAUUCGCUGCUUGUUUACAGAAUUGCAAGAAAUUCCCCAGAGCGCUUGAUAGCAUUAAAGAAUGUAUAUGAAACCUCCUCGCCUGCCAAAACCAAAAUGCUUUUUAGUGCCGUGUGGGCAUGAUGACGCCCACUGUGCACAGCACUGCACUUAGGAGAUCCCAACAGGGCUCAGGAGAACCCUCUGUUCCUCUUGCAAGGGACAUACAAGGCGAUGCAAGGGAUUAUCUAGCUGAGUGGCAGACCCACUCUCUGAAAGAAGUUAGGUGGGGAUAUGAGAGCCAUGCACAGAUCUCCCAGCUGCACAGGUGGCUCCUUGUGCUACCAGAGUAUGGCUGUAGGUAGAGAUAAUCAGAAACAAGGCUCUGCUGAGCCUUCUUGGGAUACUUUAUGGGUUCUGUACUCAGAGUGAACUGGAUCAUACCCAGUGUAUGAUAUGGUGGUGGGAGUGGGGAUAACAGGCAAUAAUUUGCCUAUUGAGCAAACCAGAGUGCAAGACAAGAGUAGGCAAGAUACACUGGAGCAUCAGUGGUGGCUCUUUUUAACAAGAGGUUUCAUACUCUUGAGUCUGAAGAGAUGAAAGCACUCCUACCCUCAUGUUUAGUGAAGUGGGAAAGGGCCAGCUGACACACAGCACAUAAAUUUUUGUACUUGGGUAUUCAUCCCCAAGUUACCCCCCCCCCCCAAAAUCCAAUGACUGGUCCUUUACUGAACAUCAUGAAAGUGGUAGCAGUGCCUGGAUAGUUCCCCCUCCCUUUCCAACGAUGCCCACCUUUCUGUGCACACACAGCCUGUGGGAGUCACUUCCCCUUGGUGUGCCUAGACACAUGCAGUUUGCAUGUGAGCUGGAACCAUGCAGAUGGGGCCCAUUGCUUGGAUCUUCUCCACUCACUUGUCACCCAGGUAGAAGGGAAUGUCAGAAGAAUGUGGCAGUACCUGUUGGAGAUGAUCAUCCUAUAUCCAGGCAGGACCAUCUAAAUUCACCCUGCAGGUGCACAGGCAAAUGGAACAUCUAGGCAAUGGCCUUUCCUUGUUGUAUGUCCCCAACACUGGAUGAGAGAUAGUGUGAGUUUUUGCAAGGAAUGAGCUCACAGUGUGAACUCUCUUGCUCAAAAAGGCUCUGCUCACCUUGAGUUGACACCAGGACUUAUAGAUCUGAUUCAGAAUCAGGCAAAUAGCUCAGUUCUGCAGGUCCACCAACUUCUUUGCCAGUUCUGCUUUCCCCAAGGGAGGAAAAAACUUGCUUUGCAGAAAGGGAAGUGGGGGCUAAAGGUAGAGCAGGCAUUUUGCCUACCAAUAUUGUUCUGUGCAUCAGCAGAGCAUAAUUUUCUGCUUAUGAAGGGUAUCCACAAGUUCUGUUGCACUAGUCUCCUAAGGGGAGGGUGUUCUGUCAACAUAGGUAUGAGAGCUUGAAAAGUUUGGAAAAGUUAAGGAAUGGGUUUUUUGAGUUUGACUUGAAUCCUCAAGUUCCAAUUAAUUUGGAGAGCAAGCUGGACAGGUUUCACCCAGUUGUAUGCUCUGUAUUCAGAGGUAUAUAGAGAGUGGGUUCAGGCAAUACGAUAAGCUACACUGAAGGGUUGUGUAUGGGUUGUUGAACCAUGGCUUGUUGAAACAUGGGCUUUCAUAUUGUCUGAACCUAGCCAAGAAAGCAAACCAUGGUGAACAAACCACACUUCACAAUCCAACAAUGAAUUAUGGGUUUUCUCACUGAGUUGUCCAUGUUUAACAGCCAUGGCUUGUUAGCACAGUUGGUUCAUCCAACUUACAUUUUGGCAGCAAGCCACAGUUCAACAAGAACCCAUACUUAGCCUAUAAUCAGUCUUUCCGUGUGACUUUCUGUGCUGUUUGGACCCAGUUACUGCUUCAAACACAGAUACUCCAUCAAGUUACCAUGGGCAGCAAUCAUUAGCAUGAGUGGGUAGGAAAUCUCCAGGGAAGAGGUUCUGCCAACAUGGUUCCAGCAGCUCCCACACUGAAAGAGUUCUGUGUAGUUUUUCAUUGUAAACAGGGAUGGGAUAAGUGGAGUGCACUUAUUGCUGUUUGGCAUUCAUUACUUCUUUUGAAGAAACAACAUACCUACCUAUGUAAUCUCUUCCCCUGCCCUUCCCAAAAUGUAGGAAAAUUGAUUUUUCUCCCGUGAUCAGUGCAGCUAAGUCUGAGAGCUGCCUUCAUUUUAUCACCAGCAUAUUGUGUUCCAGUAGAUUCCACUGUGUCCUGUUCUUUGCCCCCCCACCCUACUUUUGUCUUUGAAUUCCUAAGUAGGUAGAUAGCAAUAAAAAGGGAACUUUUUCACAAGUUCUGUUUUGCAUACUGUAGCACCCUUUCAGUCUGUGCAAUUCUUGUCAUUCAUUGCUUUGUAGGUUGAAGAUACAGGUAUUUUAACUUUUGAUCGUGUGAAUGCCAAACUAAACGUUUACAGCUGUUUCUUUCUGGAUUUUGAGUGUCUUCUAUUGUAAAGGGAAAAAAUUAAAGCAAUAAAUUAUUUUUUAAGAAAUCAA